AUACUGACCAUGGGAGAGUGCAUCUCAGUCCGUGUUCUGCUGAUGUUUCUGGCCCUAAUCAGCUAUCUAAUUGCACUGACAUUCAACAUAUUGGCUCUAUUUGGGCCCUGGACAGGUGAAUUCUUACAGUCCACUUCAAGUCAAUGACAUCUAUUUGAAAUAUACUUUAAUAUUUUGUAACCUGUGUGUUUGAACAUGCAGGUGCUUUCAUGCAAACCACACAAUAUGUACUGAGCAAGUCCACAACUCACCUAACCCCGGAUAGAUGGGUACUCUUUCUAUGGGAUGUCCUUAAUGUCUGGUUGAUCGGCAUGUUCAUCUAUCUGAUACACAAGCUCCGUAGAAGGUAAGAUACUGUACAUUAAAGCUAAACUCUCGUUGACACUAUAACACUCAUUUAAACAUGGGUCAUUCAGAUAUUUUGGUAAUUUGUCAACCCAAAACCUGGCUGGAAUUCGAUCAACAUUGCACUGGAUGUUAGCCUGGUCCCAGAUCUGUUCCUGCUAUUUUGCCAAAAUCCUUGUCACUCAUUGUCAAGCCAAAAAUGACAAUUCCAUAAGGAGUUGGCAAGAGAGUUGAAACAGACUGGCAUGCACGCUAACUGACAUCUAACUGAAAUCACUGGCCUGUAUUUAUUUGCAAUCUCACCUAAGUGAGACAAAACAAAGUGUAUUAUUUUAAGUGCAGAAAGUGUGAUUUUUACUGUCUUGGCUAGGGUUGCAGAAUUUCCCCAAAUUCCCUGGUUUUCAAAAAAUCCUGGUUGGUGUGCUUAUUCCCUCCCUAUUACGGGAAACUUUAAACCGGGAUUUCUGGAAAACCAGGACACUUAGGGAAAGUUAGUGGAAUCUUGCAACCCUAGUCCUGGCCCUGAUGAUGAUGAUGAUGAUGGUGAUGAUGACCUUGUUGUUGUUGUUAUUAAUUAUGAUAAUGAUGAUGAUGAUGAUGAUCAACUGAUGAUGUUCCUGUUCCUUAGGGAAGCCUAUACAUGGAUGUACACCACUCCUGCUGUCCUGCCCUAUGGAUUCUACUUGUCCUGGAUCGUAAAUAGCAUGUUGAAUAUGGCAUGGUUAUUUCUGUAUGACAAAGAGUAAGUGUUUAUAUAUUUUUGUGUAGUUACUGUACGAUAAUAUAAAACAUUUGGUUCUAUUUCAAAUACUCAUUUCGAUGUCUCACUACGGGAUAUGCCUGGGUGUGUCCACAAGCUCGAAGUAACUGGCAACUGGUCUUUCUCGCCUCUCCUUCUUGCGGAAGCCUUCACAAAAGCUCUCCUCAGCAGGACUAGAUUUCUGGUUUCCUACUGAACCGUUCUCAGGCGAACCGUGAGGUUAAAGCUGCUGAACGUAGAACUACAGCUUCUGUCGAUAGUGUUGAGUACUGACCAAAAGGUUUUGCUUUGAGUAUAAUUAUUUAUUAUUUUACUCGUCAGUCUCCAUUUAGCUAGCACCACAUGGCUAGCUAUCGAGAUUUGGUUAGCCAUCGACGUAAGGCUUUAGCCCGGCCAAACUGAGCAAUCGGGGGAGAAGUUGCUUCGGGACAAGUCUCUGAAUGUCCUUGAGUGGCCCAGCCAGAGCCCGAUUGAACAUCUCUGGAGAGACCUGAAAAUAGCUGUGCAGCGACACUCUCCAUCCAACCUGACAGAGCUUGAGAGGAUCUGCAGAGACGAAUGGGAGAAACUCCCCAAAUACAGGUGUGCCAAGCUUGUAGCAUCAUACCCAAGAAGACUCGAGGCCGUAAUCGCUGCCAAAGGUGCUUCAACAAAGUACUGAGUAAAGGGUCUGAAUACUUAUGUAAAUGUGAUAUUUAAGUUUUUUUUUAAUACAUUUGCAAACAUUUCUAAAAAACUGUUUUUGCUUUGUCAUUAUGGGUAUUGUGUGUAGAUUGAUGAGGGGUAAUAACAAUUUAAACCAUUUUAGAAUAAGGCUGUAUUGUAACAAAAUUUGAAUAGUCAAGGGGUCUGAAUACUUUUCGAAUGCACUGAAUAUAUAGUGGGUCCAAACCAGGCACUUUGUUGGCAUGGACAUCCAGUGCAUGGAGGAAUUAGGCCUCGGCAAGCCUCCGGUGGUCGAGCCUUCACUGUCUAGACACCUCAACGCCAGUGUCUUGUCUAUGACCAGCACUGCUUUCCCUAGGAAGACAGAGCACUUUACCGCCUCCAUAUUCCAAAAGGUCUACGUUGCUGCACCACGUUCAGUACGGGCAUUGAACGUAACGUCCCUACUCCUGGCACACUAGGCUGAUUUGCUACAAGAGAUGAGCACUCUCUUAGUCAAAGGCACAGCCAGCCAAGACCAUCAGGACAAUAUCUGCGUCGUUGCGGAUCUCAACCUCUGAGCCUCUAGGGCUGCCAUCCAAGGCUGCGGGGGCACCAUGAGCCUUGUGUUGGUGGGGGAGAGAGCCAUGUGGCUCAACUUUUCCAGCCAAAUGAACAAGGAAAAAUAUGAUUUCCUCGACGUUCCUAUCGCGCCGAAGAACCUGUUUGAGCCUUCUGUCGCUGCCAUUCGACAGAAGUGAGAACUUUGCAAGGAAGGUGAAGUCCCCUUCAUGAGCCAAGGCUUCGUGGGAAGGAGAGGGAAACUAGCUGGCACCAGGGUUUUCCGUAACGCAAAGUCCCCAGCAAUGCAGCAGGCUGCAAACCUACAGUUUGGCUCUCCUAACAGAGGCAGACAGUGGGGGAAGUGGUCCUUCACUGCUUCCGCACCGGGGUCCCGCCCGCCUGACUCCCCAGGAGGGAAGACCUAGGUGUAUGCCCCCCAGUGGUAGUGAGUGGCAGCCAACAAUCCACUCUGUGUCCUGCCCUGCCUCUUUUCGGGUGGAGUACAGACUUUACCCCCCAUCAAAAUGGGGGAGAGGCCCAUCUUUGCUCCUAGAACCCUACCUCUCGUGCAGCGGAUCCUUUCUAUGCAUCCGCUCACAGGGUAGACGAGUGCCCCCUGUGUCACUGCUCUCCUCUCAGCGCUCUCACAAACAACCGAGGCAGGAAGACAACUUGUCAGUCACCACUGAGCACUGUCCCCAAACCAACUAGCACAAAUAUCAUACCCCCAAGACAUGCUAACCUCUCACCAUUACAAUAACAGGGGAGGUUAGCAUUUUGGGGGGGGUAUGAUAUUUGUACAUCUGGAACUUUGUCACUCAUCAUUAUUCACGAUUAAUUCAAGAUUAUCGUUAGUCAUGGUAGCAUCCACAUUAAUGUAGAAGUGUUUGGAAACAUAUUAUAUUCUUAUUUACAAUAAAAGUGACUCCAAAAUGACACAAUACAUUAUUUACCAUUCAUUUCUAUUGGGCACAAAAUAAUCUGAAACACAACCAAAACAAACAGCAAAUGCAUCCAACAAAUUUGAAGAAUCACAAGCUUGAUGUAGUCAUGACGUCAGUCCACCAUUCGUGCCUACAGUAUGCCCCAGUGUUUUCCAAUGUAACCCCGACUUUAUGCCUAAGGUCAGCGGCAAUUACAAUUGUCUCACCUUGGAGCUUAUGGCUUUCGACCCACUACCCUUCAAUUCUAUGGAAGAAGGGCGUCUCCACCAUAUAUUAGCUUAUAAUAGUAAGGGUUAACAGCCCCUGGAGGGCCUGAUGGGUCAUUCCACCAGAGGUUUGACUACCUCUUGGGCACUGUUCAAAGGCAUCUCUUUAAAAGAGAUUUACUAGGCGGAAUGUUGGGCCACCCCUCAUACUUUUAUGAGGUUUUACCGAUUGGACGUCCCUGCACCUUCAUUGGCGCAUACUGUCUUCAGUGUCGGAGCCUCAGAGGGGUGAUGUUAGAACUACCCUGGCUUUGGAGAGCAUGUCUGCGUUACGGGAGUUGGCCAUAUCCCAUAGUGAGACAUCGAAACAAGUAUUUGAAAUUGAACUUAAGGUUACUUGGUUAGCCAGAUCCUGGUUCUGUGAGAAUAUGAGUGCGAUGUCUCACCACUUUUCCCUGCUCGCAAGAGCGCAAGGAAGAAAGGCAUGCUCGAGAAUGACCAGUUGGCAGGCGAGUUGGUCCCUUUAUGGAGGAGAGGGGCUCACCUCAUUCUCCACUCAUCCUGUCUGUCUCCAACAGAUGCUGUGUGAUUGUUUAGUUCGAGCUUGUGGACAUGCCCAGGCAUAUCCCGUCUAUCUCAUAUUCUCAUAGAACCAACACAAGGCUCUUGGUUUCUUAAGUAACCUUAAGUUUUGAUGUUUUGAGUUGUUUUGAGUUUCUACAUUGAAUAUAAGGAACUAACUUGUAUACUUCUCAAGACAAAUUACAUUUUCUAGUUUCUGUGUGUGUCAUAGAAAGAUGGUGCCAACACUCCUGAUCACAGCAUUACAGGCCAUGUCAAACUGUGUGAUUAUCUUGUUCGCCUGCUAUGGCCUGGUCGUCUAUGGCGCGUGGCUCCACAAAUAUCACAACAAUGAUCUCUGGCUCAUUCGAAUAUUGGUACAAUAAUUUCAACUUUUUUCUAUGAUUCUCCAAGAACAUUGCAUUGCGUACAGAAACCUUCCACACGUGUGCCGGACAGUUACUUUUUGUUACAGAAAUGUGCUAUUUGUUUAUGGGGUCCAUACUAGGACAACCUCAGUUUCAGCAGGACUAAAGCUGUCCUAAUAUGGACACCAUAUCUGUUAACUCUAUUACAGGUGCAAAACGGAGUGGCUUUGUAUGCAACAUGGUGGGCUGUAGCUACCUUUUUACACUUGACCGUCGUUUUAGACCUUCAAACCCCAAUACCCAAGACAGAUGCUGCCAUAAUGUUACUAGUGCUGCUCCAAUUGGGACUCAUAGGAUGGUGAGAGUUUGUUCCUAACUUUUAUCUAACCUCUCAAUUCGCCCAAGUGGUAUUGAAUCAAUAAUACAUAUAGCUUAAUAAACCAGUUCUGCUUUGCCAGUAGUGUUUCCAUUGCAAAUUGAUGAACAGUGCAUUUACUUGAUAUAUACUGUAUAAACUAUGACAGUGGCAUGACAAUGAUAUGGUGGCCCUUAGGGGCAAAGUAGCUUUAAAAUGUAAAAGCUAAUUUGCCGCUUAGGGCCACCAUACAAUCACCAGAACCCUUUCCUUCUAUCCGCUUAUUGUAAACAUGGGCCUUAUUGUUUUAGAUUUUCCUCCUCCUUAUUACUCUCUCAGGUUUGUCAUAGAGAACUGGUACCUGGAUAAGCACAUGCGUUACAUCCUAACAGUGUACCCUGUGGUGAUCCUGGUGUUGUCAGCAAGUGUGGCCAAUCCAGCCACGCCCGGUACCCAUAUAGACAUCAUGUCUGGUAGGCCCUAUGUCCUAACUGACUCCUAAAGUGACACCUAGAGGAAGAUAACAUCUGUACAGUGUUUAUAUUAGGACAGCUGAGGCUCCUAAUAUGGAUACCUUACACAUGCAUUAUUAGUAGAUUCCCAUCGGUCUUGUACAAGCAUAUCAUCCUUAACUGCAGAUGAUAAGAUGUUAUAUUUACUGUUAUAUUUACUGCAUGUAAGUAUAAUGAGAACUGGGUAUAGUUUAUGCUAUUGGCAAUGUUUACAAGUGUCACUAAUGUGUGUAUCACUAUCAGUGGUCACUGCAGUGACUUUUCCAUUGUUAUUAUGGCUACUGUACCUGAAGCAUCAUCUCUUUUCCAGCUGUCAUCUUGGCCAUAACCAGUGUCAUAUUUAUCGUACGCAUCAUCAUGGUGUUAUGGAAGCACAAGAAUAAACCGCUUUACGGAGGAGAGCAGCUCAUGUCACCGGUGGACAUUGCCAGGACACAGAAGCUCAUCUUUAUGUGA